AUGCUAAGGCCACAGGUGGUCAAUCGUGAUGCUUUUAUCAAGAAUUUCUCCAGCCUAUGGAAAGGUAAGGAGGAUGUCUCGAUUAAGGAAAUGGCACAUAAUUGGUUUUGGGUUCCGUCUGUAUGUGAUCAUGAUCGCCGCCGAGUUCUUGAUGUGGAACCAUAUGCCUAUCGGAGAUCCCUCGUCCUGCUGGUGGAGACCCCAAAUAAUGGCCCUAUCCACACGAUGCCAUUACAUUAUGGGAUCUUUUGGGUUCGUUUUGAUGUUGACUUUCCUUUAAUAAGUCUAACAUCGAUUACUUUUCCCGAAACUGGAGAGAGAUUGAUAGAGUUCAAGUACAAAUACCUUCCGGAGUAUUGUUUUGCUUGUGGUAAACUUGGUCACUCACUAGUUUCGCUGAUCAUUGUCAGUGUCGAGCAAGGUGGUGUGGCAAGCGUCGGUUGUGUAUUGAUGGUUCUACUGGACAGGCGGAGGAGACCAGCCUUGAGGGGUCUCCCAAGUCUCAAUAUGAGAGGAUUAGUCACGAGAUUGGGUAGUGUGGUGGGGUUGUGUGUUCACCUUUUGAUGGUUUAUUUAGUGGUUUUUGUAUGCUUUGGAAACAAGGUUUUAAGUGUUCAGUUGAUUUCCUCUUCUAUCGGGCACAUUGAUGCGUGGAUCACUUUUCCUACCUCUCAGGUUACUAGAGUGACUCGUUUCUACAAUUAUCUUGACCCCGUUUCGUCGAUUGAUGAGAAGAAUGGUAGCAGACCCGUUCUGAAUCACAAAUUGAGGAUUUCAAAUAUACUCAAGACUCCCAGGUUGGUUGAACCCUUAGGGGGCGACACCGUUUUCACUUUGAAGAGCUCUGGUCUAAGGAUGAGGAAUGUGGUGUGGUAA